UGUCCGUUGGCUCAGAAUCGCAAGGGCAUAUUUGUAGGAAAGAAGGCUUUCUAUAUCUUUCCAUUAGAUGUUGAGAAUCAACAGCUUUAAUUAUCCUUGUGUCCGUUGGCCUAUUCCUGUGGAGCUCCUGAACUGAACCCAGCCAAUUCCAAAAACAUCUGCUUCACAGGAAACACAGGUGGUUUCGUUAUCUCUACUCCUAGAGAGGCCAUAAUAGCAUUCUAGCACGUGUGCAACACAUCAUGUUUGGUCCAAAUUCUGUCGUCCUCAAUGGUUCUUCUGACAGAAAUGCCAGGCUAUGGAACGCGGAAGCAAAUCUGGCAGGGAGCUUUGGACACGCAAACCGAUGGAACUUGAAAAAGCCAUCCAAAAGUCCAUGGAGUCACGUCCGAGGUGAAACCAAAGAGAAUAAAAAGAAGAAGGGAUCAACCAAGCAACCAGUAUUAUUCAGUCUAGAUGAACCUCUCAGAAAUACUGACCAAGAGACUGCAGAGCCACCAAAGCAUGAGAGCGGCAGCGACAGCGCAAAGAGCAACAAAAUUGAGCCUAAGGAGGACAAGCAGCCACAGGAGCCUCAGCUACCCAGAAUUGAUCAGCCUCAACAAUCGUCUUCCUGUUCAACCCUUCCAGAAGACACAACACAAAGCCGGGUGGCAACACCACCCCUAAUACAAAGGAAGCACGAGAGCCUUUUCAAGCACAAUCUGGAAGAAGGACUCCUGAAAAGAAUAGCAAGGCGGAAAAUUCGUCGGCAGGAGAUGGAGACUUUAACCUUGCCCAGCAACUUACCCAUGACUUCACGGAUGGUUAGCAAAGGGCUUGUUUGCACCACGGAGUCUGACUUGAAGUCUAUGCAGCUGACCUUCCCGGAGUUAGAGGAAGAGACUGUAGAAGAACCCCAAGCCAAAGACAGGAAGAAGCCACUCACCCGAACCAGAAAGCCGAUGCUGCCUCCUUUGAUUAAACCAUCCAGAUCCCGGUUCUCUGAAAAUAAGAAGACUUCGGGCUGCUGUCUUCCUUCAGUCCCCACGGUCCCUGCCUCUGCAUCACUCAAGUGGGGAAAGUACUAGUAUCUUUUAAAGCAAGCCUGCAUGGUUGCCAUCAAAGGAUUUGGAAGGGUCUGUUCUGGAGAACUUGGAUAUGACGCACAAGCUUUCAUUCACUCUGAAGCCAGGCGCUUCUUGGAUUUCUCCCAGGAAGAACAUUGACAUACAUGGUAUCAAAACGGCAAAACACAGAGAAAAAGAAUACUCAGUAUACACAGUAUACCUUUUAGUCUAUUCAUUGUCAUAUAAAGAAGUGAUACAAAACAAAAGAGAGAUUAUUUUUUAAAAAAUGAAUGUACCUGC